CUGUCCCCCCUGUCCCUCAGCCUCCCUGCGGCGUUCUGCUUCCCACAGUCAUUCUCAAGGCUCAUGCAGUCUGCAGCGCAGCAGCUGAGAGCAGAGCUCUUUUGGAACAGAUGACUGAGGAGAACCGGGUCGCUCUGGUCCAAGCCAGAGACAAACUGGACCGUCUACUGGCUGCCAAAGAAGACAAUAAUGGCAAAGAGGAUAAGACUGCUGACCAAGAGGGGUUAGAUGAAUGUGAGUCGAGCUUGUCUUUGCUGAGAGAAACAGUGAGGGGAUACGAGGUCUCUCGGCUGGCUUUGGACUGCAUUAAAACUGGGGAAAGUCCCUUAAUAAACGACUGUGACGCAGCCUCAGAACUGGAGGACAUCUUGGGACGAGGGACAAUCUGGACCACAGAGGGAGUGAAGAGUGUUGGUCAGCAGCUUCUCUUGCUGCAGGAUCAGCUAAAGCAAGUUAAAGAAGAGAAGAAGAAAAUAAUUGAGAACUACAAUUCAGAAAGGACAAUGAGGAAGAAGUACUACAACAUGGUGGAAGACAUGAAAGGUAAGAUCAGAGUGUUUUGUCGGAUUCGACCCGUGAGCCGAGCCGAGGUUGAGCAGGGUGGCAACAUCGUUGUGCAGAAACUUGACGAUUACUCGGUCACCGUGGAAACGCCUCGAGGGCAGAGGGAGUUUCAGUUCGACCGGGUGUUCAGCGCCGAAGCCUCGCAGGAUGACCUGUUCUGUGACACCAGCAGGCUGAUCCAGUCGUCUAUCGAUGGCUACAACGUCUGCAUCUUUUCAUAUGGCCAGACGGGCUCAGGGAAGACCUUCACCAUGGUGGGGGACAAGGAACAGAAGAACCCUGGGAUCAUGCCAAGAUCUUUUAACGCCAUAUUUGAUAUCAUACAGGAGAACAGCACCAAAUUCACUUUCAAGGUUUCGGCCUACAUGCUGGAGCUGUACAACGACAGGCUGCAGGACCUCUUUGUGAGUCCGGCUGGUGAGACCCAUGCACAGCCCCAGUCCCAUGGCCAGGCCAGGCGGGUGGAGAUCAAGAGGAACAGAAAGGGGGUUGUGUUCGCACAAGGAGCAGAGACAAAGGAGGCUUCCAGUGCCCAGGAGCUCUACGCUCUGUUCCAGCAGGCCUGCGCCAACCGACACAUCUCUGCCACCAAGAUGAACGUGGAGAGUUCCCGCUCCCACCUCAUCGUCGGCAUCACAGUGGAGAGCAGGAAUCUGACCAAUGGGAGCGUGAGCACCGGGAAGCUGAGCCUUGUGGACCUGGCAGGCAGCGAGAGAGCAGCCAAGACCGGGGCCAAGGACCACCAGCUAAAGGAGGCCAACUCCAUUAACAAGUCUCUGAGCGCUCUGGGUGAUGUGAUCUCAGCGUUGUCUGCUGAACUGCCCCAUGUGCCAUACAGGAACAGCAAGCUGACUCAGGUGAUGCAGGACUCCCUCGGUGGAAAUGCCAAAACCGUCAUGAUCGUCAACAUCUCUCCUUCAGAGUGCAACCUCGAUGAGACGCUCACGUCUCUCAUUUACGCCACAAGAGUGAAGGCCAUAACCAACAAUGUUCAGAGAAAUGUGGAAAGCAAAGAGAUUGUCCAGCUGAAGGAGAUGAUCAUGAAGCUGAGGGCAGGACAGAGUGUGGAAGAGGAGGAUGUUUGAACUGGGAUUGUUUGGGAUAUUGUUUGUGUGACUUGUCUUGUUUACUUAAAGGGACAGUUCACCCCAUAAUCAAAAAAUCCA